AUGCUUUCUGCUAGCCCCAGCUACAACUGUUCCCUUUUCCGUCUCACCGCCGUUGUCGAUGAGGUCGCGGUACCACUAACCUCCUAUUCUAGCCUCGCCUACCUCAAGGAAGAGCUUACACUCAACGCUCCGAUCCUGAUGAUCACCACCCCAGACGAAGAGGGUGCCGUGAUGACCUACCUCAAUGAUGACUACGUCCACGACGACGAAUUUGACUUUGUGGAUAGCGAAUCCGACUCCGAUUCUGACAACAAUGUUUUCAGCGAAAUUGAUUCUGAUAGCGACAGCGAGUACGAUGACGACGACGAAGAGGAUGUCGACUGCCUCUCAUCGAUCCUCGAUCAGUUCCCAGCUGUACCGAAGAGCGAGUCCAAGGAAGAUAGCUUGAGCUCCAUUCUUGACCAAUUUCCCAAAGUUCCUCUGAGCGUUCGUUUAGUAGAUGAGGACCAAGGCGAAUCGCUUAUGCUCUCAAAUGGAUGGAGCAAGUUGAUUGAGUCUCUCGCAGCCGAGAGCAGGGCGACUGAAUACAGGAAGUCGGAGAAAGGUGAGGCGUGGUGGACCGGUGCCGCUGCUUCGCAGGGCGCGCAGGUAAAGAGCGAGACGACCAGAAAGUUCAAGUGCAAUGACGGUGAAGCGUGGUGGAAAAUGGAGGGCGUCCAGGUGAAGAGCGAGAAGGCGAGAAAGUUCAAGUGCAACGACGGCAAGGCGUGGUGGAAAAUGGGGGGCAUGCAGGUGAAGAGCGAGAAGGUGAGAAAGUUCAAGUGCAACGACGGCAAGGCGUGGUGGAAGUUUUAA